GUCCAUCCGCUGGUUCUGCAGGUUCUCCAGGGCCACCUGGCGCCGCAGCUCGGCCACUUCCUAUAAAUAGUUGGGUGUGGGGAUGGAGGCACCAGGUGAGUGUUUCGUUUGGCAUCGGUCGCUAGCAAUCGGAAUAUAUACGGGUAUCUAGGCCUAUGUACAGUGGGUCUCCGGAUGCAGGGCAUGCCGCAUGCAGAGCGUUCUCGGGAUUAGAGGUGGUUAGGUAAGGAGUGGAGUAAGGUUAGCGGAAGAGUGGAACAAUAAUCCUGUGGGCAUGCGGCGCAAGCUGUGUGGGGGUGAUCGUGUGGCCUGCUCGAUGGAUUGCUAUUCAAUAUGUAUGCUUUACUAACUUAGGGAUCCUAACUCCCUAGAUCCUCCAUGAAUUCUCAUUUCGGAUAAUAGAACUUCUCAAAACUACAAAUUUUCAAACGAUUUUCUAAACAACUUCAAACCCAGUAAGUCAAUGCAUAAGUGUCUCGAUUUAUAUCGAGUGACAACCUAAAGGAAAACUUAUGAAAGAGAUACUGGCGAGCCUCUAUUUUCCAGCUCAAUGGUUGCUGCCGCAGAACCCGGCUCAACUUGGUCUAAAUGUGCUCUAAAUGCGCCUAAGCAAUCUCUUUUGGAUCGUUCAACUGUCUGUAAUUAUCUGCGCAAUCGGCAUCGAAGGUCAGCCAGGCGGAAUGCGAAGUCGGAAGAAGAUCUCGCCUUCGGUGGGCGGGGGAGUGGAGGCGAGUGCCGAUGAGAACAUGGAGCGGAGAAGGAUGCGAUCUGACGCCGAGGGAUUGCUGGAGAUCGAUCCUUUAGCUUCCGGGUUGGGCAGUCCGGCAUCGGAUCAGAAUGCGAUGAACACCUGCCAAAUGGUUCCGAAUCUCGCCGGCCAGACUCUGGCCGCCCCGUCCUCGGUAUCGGGAUUGGGAUCGGGAUCGGGAUCGGGAUCCCCGGUCGUCGGCUACUGCCAGCCCAACUGGCAGCUGCAGCAGAGCUCCCCCCUGAACAGGAUCACCCAGGGCACGCCGAGCGCCUACUCCGAGCAGGACGAGACCGAGCAGCGGCGCCAGGAGCUGCGCAACCUCGUGCAGCACCUGUACGUGGCCCAGGCCCGGGUCCAGCUGGAGGCCACCGAGAUCCGGAAGGCGCAGGCGGUGGCCUCCUCCGCGCAGGCGCAGCUGGAGGAGUCGGCCAACCAGGUGCGCAGCAUCACCGCCUCCCUGCACACCGCGCAGCAGGAGGUGGCCGCCUCCGCGAUCCGCGCCCAGAUCGCCCAGCUCCAGCUGGCGGCCCACGACCAGCUGCUCUUCGCCGCCCGCCAGGACGUGGACGCGCUCUCCUCGCAGAUGGUGGGCCUCCAGGCGGCGGAGGGCAUCGUCCAGCCGCGGCUCACGGUGGACCUGCACGCCCUGCUGGAGAAGCUGAAGCAGCCGCUGCAGCAGUACGACCGCCCCACUCCCGUUCCCGCCAUCGCUCCUAGUCUCCCUGGAACGGCUGCCCACCAGCAGAUGUUGCUCAUGCAGCAGCCACAGCUGGGACAAGGCCAAGCUCAGGGACAAGGUCAGGGACAGGGUCCGAGUCAGGGUAACGCCAAUCCAACCAGUGGAGCCGGUCCCAGUGACUUCAUCAGCCUGCCGAGCGGGAAUCCCCUCACCAACCUGGAAUACACUUAGCUCACGCAAAUACUUUUAUAUUUUGUACAAGUUUCUUUUCACUAAUAUCUCAUUCCAUAAAGUAAUAUAUAUUUCCCUUAAAUCGUU